UAAAUUUGAACCAUCUGCGAAGCUGCAAGGAAACAAGCUUAAAAUGCCCAUAUAAUCCUCGUGCUUCUUUUAAUUUCCAGUACUCCUCCAUAAAGAGAACCCUAUCUCUCCCCUCUCCGUUCCUUGUGCUGUAACAAAUACAGAUUGCAAAGAACUGAAUCAUUCUUCCACACAUACGCGCAUCGGAAUCAUUUUAGUUCUGUCGUUUGCUUCUUGAGAUUUGGAAAACUACAGAAGAUGUCUGGCUCGACGGAAUUCGUUGAGAAGAUGGGAAAGAUGUGCGAGAAGCCGAGCUUCUCGCAAACUUGUAGUCUGUUGAGUCAAUACUUGAAGGAGAGAGGUAGUUUCGGAGAUCUUAAUCUUGGCAUGGCAUCCAACAGCGAAUCAACCCCGAGUAAAAACGGUCCGUCUGAGAUGCUGCGUCGCUCCCCGUCUACCAUGAAUCUGUUUCCAGUGAGCGAGAAACCAGGUCACAUUUCGUGCCAAAACAUGGGGGCUCCUCGGAAUUUUACAUCAAUGGAUUUGUUCCCUCAACAAGCUGGAUUUGCUCCCAAGGAAGAUGUCCCAAAGAAACUUGACUCAAGCAAGUCUGCCACCGCAGAACCCCAAACUGCGCAAAUGACUAUAUUCUAUGCCGGAAGAGUUAUUGUCUUCAACGAUUUCCCGGCUGACAAGGCUAAGGAAGUGAUGCUCUUAGCCAGCAAGGGAAGCUCCCAGGUCCAGAAUGCCUUUCCUUCUAUUCCAGCCAACAGUCACCCUGCCCUCGCUCCUAAUAUAUCAAAAACUCCAAUUGAGUCCACCAUUUCAAUUCCGUCUAGCUCAAAUGCUCUUCCUAAUUUUGGCAAUAACUUGAUUCAAGAGUGCAUGCAACCAUCCCCUCAACCUAUAGCUAAUGAUCUACCAAUUGCAAGGAGAGCUUCCCUCCACCGGUUUUUGGAGAAGAGAAAAGACAGGAUCAUCGCAAAGGCUCCAUACCAAAUAAAUCCUGCAGCAACUACGUCUAAGCCAGCUGAAAGCGAGUUCUCGUGGCUCGGCUUGGCUGCUCCAUCUACAACACACUAGUCCAUUGAUAAUUGUUUUCAUUCCACUAGGCAUAUUUACAAAUUUAGGCCUUGCUAGGCUGCUACCUUAUAUGGUUUUUUUGGGUGGGUUGAAACCUGCUAUUUUUCUCCCCCCUUUUUUAAGCUCUCGUACGUGAUUGCUUUAAGCUUAGGCUUUAAUGAUUCUAUUUGUAGAUCAUCUAACUCUAUCAAUCUCACUAUUAGUUCAUGUAAGUAAGCUUUAUUGAUGGAUGAUUUUUUUUUUUUAAAUGGAACUCUCAUCUGCAAUUAUUAUCAAA